CUGCUGAGCGCUGCGGGCCCGGUUUGCGCCAUCGGUGCCGAGAUGGAUUUAACGCAUCGGCUGGGGCUGUUCCCCGACUGCAGCGUGACGCUCCUCCUCUUCAACCGCGUGAAAAAUGCCGCUGCCCUCAGAAAAAAGGCCAUGGAAGGAUCCAUCGAAGGAGCGUUAAUAAACCCUGCAAUGAUUGUAGAUCCUUUUCAGAUUCUUGUGGCGGCCAACAAAGCAGUUCAUCUACACAAGAUAGGUAAAAUGAAGACUAGAAGCCUCUAUGCAGAAAUUAUUUUCAGCCUCUCACCAAACAACAAUAUUUCAGAUGCAUUUAAAAAGUUUGGCAUUUCGGACGGUGACACAGCAGUACUCAUUGUUCUGGUUGUGGACAGAGAAAAAAAUGUAAAUCUGGAAGAUAUAGCAUCUCAGGUAGAAGGCCAACAGGUUUCUCUAGAUGAACUCCCCCAACUAACAGACACUGCCAAAGUUAAAAAGAUGUACAAAGUUACUCCGCAGGAAGAAGAAAUCAGCACCUUAUUGGAUAGUAUUGUUUGCAGAAUGUCAACAAAAGAUGUUUUAUGAAAAUGUGGAAAUAAAUAUUUUUUUAAAG